AGAAAACAGAAAAGUGCAUUAGAAAAAGAAAAAGAUGCAUAGAAAAUACAAUACAAAUGUGCAUUACCCACGAAUGUAUCGAAUAAUACACUUGUUUGUUUGGGUUAUUUAGUUUUUUUAGUGCUGAAUUUAGUUCUAUCAUUACAUGAUUACAGGAACGUUUGUUGUGAUGUAUUUGCAAGCUAAAUAAACAAGUACUGGAUUGCGGUUGCCAUCGCGGGAUGCCUCUAACACCAUGGACAAAAGAAACCGCUCCCUGCUGCAGCUGCACCAGCAUGAUAUCGUCCGGGACCUGGACGUCACCUACAUUAUAGACAAGCUGUACCAAGAGAACGCCAUCUCCAAUGAGGAUAUCGAGCACAUAUCCAACUUGACAAACCGUGUCGACCGCACCCGCUACCUAAUCGACACGCUCCUCCAGAAUGGCAACAACGCGGCCUACCAAGCCUUUGUAGACAGUCUGUUCAAGGACCACAACUGGCUAUGGGAGAAACUCCAGUUAGACCUGAAUGAACCAAUGGUUAACGCCAGUUUCGAGGACAGCCUUAGCAAAGGCGACGUGCCGAGGUUGCCGGAUCAUUAUGUCCAGAGGGUUGCUGUGGAAAAUGAAGUGGUCACCAAGCUCCGAAGUCUCGCGCGCCACAAGAUCUUGGCUCUCCACGGUAUGCCAGGGUCCGGAAAGACUUCCGUGGCCAUUGGCGCCCUCCGGUACAACCCCGACCUCAUCAACACCACAUUUAGCGGCGCCGUGUUCUGGCUCAAUUUCGGCAACUGCAAGACUGAAGACGACAUCCUAAGUUUACAGAACAAAUUAUACCGCAAAGCAUCAUCCUCAAUGUACGUCCACAACUCGUACAUGAAUUCUUCUAUCUCCAUGUCCAGCAUCGGAUCCAACGCGGACAGCCAAUCGCUGUCCAGCUACGAGUGGACCUGGCAGGAACUACGGGACAGACUCAAAGCACAGUUCGCUGAGAACGUGCUAAAAGAUGCCCUCCUAGUGUUAGAUGAAGUCAGUGAGAAGAGAUACCUGGAGGCGUUCGAUAUCGGGUGCAAGAUACUGAUCACUACGAGGGACACGGAUGUCGUGGAUAAUUUCCAAGCACAGAUCAUUAAGAUAGGAAACAACUUCGAAGAGAAAGAGUCCCUAGAACUCUUCGCUUCCUGCUUGGACGUGGACGUAAGCAUGUUACCGCGUCAAGCCAAGAAACUACACGACAUCUGCAAAGGCAACCCCUUUACCAUCGCGCUGUUGGGCGCCAUUUUGUCAGAGAACAGGCAGAGUUUGAACCAUGACAAUAGUAGAUGGACUUAUUACGUGAAUAAGUUACAGAAGAAGGAAUUCCUGUUUUUACCGCGGCACGACAAUCCGAUCAAAGUCUGCAUAAACGCGCUCGACUCCGCCACACUGCCGCUAUUCAAAAAACUCGCCAUACUCCCCGACAACGCUAAAGUCACCGCUAAAGUCAUCGGCCGCCUCUGGGACAAAAACGACUCAGAAGUCGAAACUAUCAUGAAAAAGCUCCGUCGGAAAUGCCUUAUAAUGGAAGAUUACAACUACGACGAAAGAAUGUACGUUUAUGAAAUACAUGACUUGAUUAUGAACUGUCUAAGAUCGUCGCUAAGCGAGGAUGAAAUGAAGAAAACUCAUGCAGAAUUCCUAAAGAGAUACCACUAUGAUAACAUUAAUACUACACCGCUAGAUAUAAUCGAUGACGGUUAUAUAGCCUUCUAUAUCGGUUAUCAUAUAUAUAACACUAAGAAUUCUAAUAAUAAGUGGAGUUUGUUUCAUAAGUUGUUCUUGGAUUUGAAGUUUUUGGGGAAUAAGGUGAAGUUGACGGGACCGGGUGAUGUUAUAUUGGAUUUGCAGAAGUAUGAGGAAUUGAUUGUUGAAGAUGACCUAGACAAAGACCUACUGCUAGCUCUGAAGGUGUUCCUAGGCACCCACGGCAUAGACCUUUACCGGUACCCGUGCACGGACCUAGCGCAGAGCAUAUUACAACACGAGUCCAAAGGCAUACUGUACAGUAAGGCGGCGGCGGUCGCACAAGAGAAUACUGCUAAAAAUGAACUUUAUUUCGAGUUUCUGCACGAACAGAACGUAGAGGAGAUCAAACAUUCAACAAUAGACCUUAAGGAGGAGAACAUAAGAUGCGUUGGUUUCCUCGGUGACUACGUUCUAGUAGGCACUCUAUCUGGCUCUAUAAAGAUGUUCAACAUAUCAACGAACAACCUGACCAAAGAGCUCCCCGGCAACGGCUCGCCCAUCAAGUGGGUCGGAGCGUGUCCCGUCAACCCGCCCGUCGUGGCCGCGCUCGCCUUCGACGGCGUCCUCACUGUGUGGUACGUCGACGACGUCGAGGCGGACACGGAUACUAUCGCGGACACGGAUACUAUCGUCGAAGAAGACCCUGAGGAAUUAUACAACAACAAUUACCCCGGCAACCUGAUUAUCACGCCAAAAAUGGGCCCCUACAUCGGCUGCCGAUGGCUGAACGACUCCGAGAUACUCGUCGCGCACACCGCCAAGAUCGUCGUACUGUAUGACCCUCAAGGGGCUCCGAGACACACUUACACGGACCUUGUGGAGAGGGACAGAGAGUUGUUGUGCUGCGUACCCAGUUAUGACGACAGGUAUUUGAUAAUGGCGUUGGCCAAUAACAAUAAGAACUAUGUAGAUGUUAUCGAUCUGAAGACUAAAGAAAAAGUGGUCUCAUUAGAAGAAAAUGAUACUGUAUUGGAUAUCAUCACAGUGCCAGGCACACACCGAAUAAUAAUUCUAACACCUAGAGAAGUGAUAGAGCAUGAACUAGAACUGAACGGACAUCAAACCAGCCUCGGUAUCUGCCGCACUCGCUCCAUCAUCACAGGUGACGCAGUGCGGGCCGAGCUAACGUUCCUGUCGUUGGCGGUCAACAAGACUGGCUCCCUGUUGUUCAUAUCCACCGAUGACAGUCGCAUUAUAUGCGUCGACCUUAACAACUUGGCGAGGAUCUUCGACCUUGAAAAUCGGAGAGGCAAUGUGAUGUCCAUGGCUGUGAGCGAAGUGUGGCACGACAUCCUACCAGGGCCGGAUGUCCUACUAACUGGGACGGGCACGAUAGAAAACUGCGCCAAGGUGUGGCAGCUCGACCCCUCUUACGUGGCGCUGAAUACUCAGAAGAAUGGGAAAGUGCGACUAACGACAAAGUUCGAUGUGAGUUUUGUGGAAGCCGUGUCGCCGCACACGCCGACGGGCAACGGCAGUCACAGCGUCCACGCCACGCCGAAAAGAAACAAGUCCUUCGCUCUACACUCCGAGGAUGAAAGGAAGAAACCACCGCUCAAAGGCACCAUGAGUCUCGACCGCCACUCCAAGCCGUGCCUCGCGCUCAACCUCAAAGGAAUAUGCAACAACGACAGCGGCGCACAGCCCCUGCUGGCCGUGCUGGACGACAAGAACAACAUACAGAUAAUCCGUGGAACAAAAAUGCUCACCGAAAUAAUAACGAAGGCAGACGAAAGGAUAACUGCCCUAAAAAUCUCCCCAUGCAACCAGUACAUCAUAUACGGGCUGCGCUCAGGCCGGGUGCAGAAAUACGCGCUCCGCACUAAAGAGACCAAAAUUAUUCUUGACGUGAAGAGUGCAGUUCAGUACCUGAGCUUCGUGAAUCCUAACUUGUUGGUGGCGGCGGGGAAGAAUCGGUGUCUGAUGGCGUACAGAUUGAACAACGACGGGAAAUGGAUGCCGGAGAUGCUGCAGAAAGGGAACAGCUAUCUGGGGUCGCAGGAGAUAUUAAAUGAUAUGGAAGGUAUAAAAAAGAAAAACGGCCAACCGGACCGCCUAUCCAACUCAAGCAGUGAGAGCAGCCUCAGUUCCAAAGAUCGUCAAUUCCCAGGCACCAGAGGAUGCCUCAGCGAAAGCACUUUAGUUGACUGUUUCUACCACAAAGGGCUUUUAACAGUGGAAUAUAAUGCCACUGUUAAACUCUGGGACGAGCUGCAUUGGAGGGCUGAAGUGUUAAAUGGGAGGCAGAAUGACGUACAAGUCAGUUGUGCGGCGUUUAGGAAAAAUGUGUUGGUUGUCUGUGAUGACUAUAAUAAGAAGUUUCAGACGUUCGAGCUGCGCGAGGGGAACCAAACAGAACUGCACAAGAUACAGGAGUACAGACUGAACAACAAAAUUGUUUCCUGCGACCUUACGUCGGAUGGCCUUAUACUGGCUAUGGGACUCGACUCGGGCGAUGUUGUGCUAUGGAACGUGCAAGGCAAACGCCAGCUCCGCCUCCUAAAGCACCACAAGGCAAAGGUCCAAUGGUGCGCCUUCUCCCCCGUUCCCGACCGCGUCUUCACCUCCCCCCACUCCCCCACCACCCCCACCGAUGAAAACCAACCCCCCCUCGUCCUUGUCACAAUGGCGGCCGAAAUAGUCUGGUGGAACAUAACGUAUGUUAUAAACAACAAACCGCCGCCACGGAAGAUCAACGUGGUGACUCCGCUGGUGUUGAGUCCACGGGAGAUCACUUCGGCUGUGGGGAACAUGAGUAUUGGCUCGAGUAAUUUCUUCUUUGGGGGCGGGGGAGUCAGUUGCUGGAGGGAGCUUUGGAGAAAAAAGACAUAUAAGGAGGGCUCAAAAAGAAAAGACAUCUUGGCGUGCAUCAAGUUGUCAGGUAUGAACGCAAAAAAGCUGUGUUUCGACGAGAAAUUCUCUUGUUUCGUGACCGUCGACAACCCUGGCCACAUCCACAUAAUGAACGUUAUGUCGUAGCAACGAAACUGUCGCAGUGCUACAGCUAGGGCUGCCACUCGAUGUUAUGGGUGCAUUGGUUUGUGAAAUUAAAUCUUAAUAUGUUUUAUUUUGCCAGCUAAUUUAUCUAGCGAGGGAAAAUACUAUUGAGGUUAAGACUUCCCUGGCUAAGUUAUCUGGCAAGGAUAAAUUUUAAAUUCCGCUGGCUAUUGCGAAAUAUGCGAAAUGUAUUCAUAUCGUUUUGAUUUCGCUGGAUAGAGUAACUGGCGAAAGUUUAUUGCGCACGUAAAUAAUUAGGUAUUCGAAGAGAGUGUUUCUAGUACCUGUUUUAGAUAAUGUUUGAUGUGCGCAUAUAAAACAAAAAUGCCCCUAACAGAGAUGACAGUCUCUUAGGGCUAUUAAAUCGUUAAAUAGAUUUUUAAAUAAAUUUUAAGCUAUGUAUUGCGUACACAUUUUUUUUUCGCUUAUAUUAUUAGUUAAUUUCAAUGGUGAUAUACCAGUUCUUCCAAUGCAUUUCAAAUGUUUAUGUUAAUAUUAAUUUUCUAUUAGUUUCAUAAAUGUAUACGAUUUGCCAUUACGUAUGUUAAAAUGAUUUUAGUAAAUUUUUAGUUAAUUUUAACUGGAGCGAAAUUAAUGCAUGUGAUGUGUUUAAACAAAAAAUGUAGUCUCAAAGUAGUUCUUACCUUCAUAUCUUUUGGUAUGAUUGAUGAAGAUUACAGUAUUAAUAUUAAGCGACUCUCUAUUCAUCCAUCCAGAUCUGAAUUUACCUGCAUAUUUUGUAUACCGUUAAAGUCCUUUCGCUUUUGAUUAUUAUUUAAAUUUCGUAUUCGUAGUGUUUACUAUAGUUAUGAAUUUAAACUGCCCGCCUCUUCGACUACGUAAAUAAUACGAUUAAGAUAAUUUUAUACAUUCUUAUAUUUUACAACGAAAAUGAUGCUCACUAUAACGUGAUAUUUUGAACAAAAUCAUAGCGUAAAAGUCAAGCGCACAAUACGUAACUUAAGUACGUUGGUUGUUAAAAUAAGCAUUUUGUAAGCCUUAAGGUUCUUCCGUCAGUCUUUUACUGUAUCUUGGACAACUGGACUUAAUGUGCGAAGUGCAACAAAAAAUUGUGUUGUCUUUAUACUGUAGUUGUAUUUUCAACAGUAAACGUAUUGAUAUGAAUAUUAUAACGUCACGAGUUUUUGAAUGUCUUCGCACGUUUAUUGUGGUUAAAUUUUUUGUAUCUUAAGAAAAUGUAACUUGUAAGCGUAAUUCAAAUGGUUGAUAAAAGCAGCAUUGCAAUAGCCUAAUUAUUGAGAUUACGAUGGUUAGUCUGGUUAACUAAUGAGAUUUACCAUGUGUUCAAUCCCACCACGUUCUGUCAUAAAUACGUACAUAUUUAACAAUUAUAAAGUAAGUAACCUUUAUGCACUGCGUGUUUUCUGAGCGUUUAAGUCUAUGAGAUGAAAUAUAUUUCAGCCGUUUGGCGAACUCGAAAUAAAAAGAACUGUCAUGCAAUCAGGUUGAUAUUUCAGACCCAUUAAGUCCAUACUUUUCUAACAAAAGGGAAUGAUUUAAGACCAAUUCAGUGUAUAAGGGUAAAAUACUUAUAAUAGCCAAUAUAUCAUAGAGUAUUAUAUUACUAUACUUAGUCGUAAUUUUAAAUAGUCAUAGUUGUAGCAAACCCUGAACAUUAUAGCGCCGUCUCAAAACUACCGUACAAUUGUUAUUUUUUAUCACAUUGCAGUUAUUUUUUUAUUCCAUAUCGAUUUUAUUUCGAAACGUGUUUUCAGUCCUAUCCUAGUCUGAACUAGGUUAAAAAUAAUAUAGUAAUGACAUUUUGGUUAGUAUAUAUUUUGUUAAAAGAUGAAAUAAACUACAUACAUCAUCUAGUUGUGUUAACGUAGUCAAAAUUUACCUUGCAAAUAUUUGAGUAGUACUUACAACACCCUGGCCGAACUACCCUCGAUCACUGGAUAUAUUCGUGAAUCUUUUUGCAGUGUACUUGCUAGAUUAAAAGAGUACAUUUAUGAGAGACAGCCGUCGAAUUUUGAUGUCUCACAAUAAUAAACGCAUAUUUUAUACUUUACUGUAAAUAUCUCGUAGGCUGGUACUUUUAUAUUAUAUAUUGCCUUAAUUGUGCUAAGUGGUUCAAGUUCAAUUGUAUCUCAAUUUUAGUGAAUAUCAUUAGAUUAAUAUACAUUCCUAUAUGUGAAAAUUUAACCUCUUUCAAAGGCGUCAUCGCAUUAUUAUUUAAAAACUGUGUAAUUUUUUUGGAAAGUUUAAUAAAAUGGCUGGACUAAAAUUGACAAAAGGUAGGAAAAACUUGUCAAUUUAUGAGAAUGAACCGAUUUUCGUUAAAAAUACGAAUAUUAAUGAAACUAGCGAAAUUUAUUUUUAUCAGAUAAUUAGAAAAUCGAAAUUGAUUUCUGUGAUUUAAGUUCGUGAAAUUUCAAUUAGAUAAAUUUUAUAUUUUAUGCUCAAUGAACGAUAGAAAAAGUAUUCCUGAAAGUAGGCAAUAUUUUUAGUAUGAAAAUGUUCGCGUCCAUUUAUAGAAAUUUGUUCCUGUGAUCUUAUUUUAUUUUAAAACUGUUUCUUGGGUAACACGGAAUAUAUUGUACGUCCAGAUCAAUACAGUUUUCCGUGGACCAAGGCAGUUGAAGUUUAAAUGCUAAAGACCAGAGUGGUCUAUGUUUUAAAAAGAAAUAAAUAACUUACAUAUACAUACUUACAUUCGUUUGAAAUUACACAUAUUUUUUUCUUAUAUCAACGGAGUUUUGUAUGAGUCUAAGGAUUGAAAUCAUCUGAAGGUUUUUACUAAUAGUCUUCUCGCUAGAUGUUAAAGAAAAGUGCCAUUUUAUUGGUCGGAUGUAAAUAAAAACAUAGUUAUAUAAUGUGAUGUAGUCCGCUUUGGAUCUCCAAUUAAAAUGUACAUACUAUUGUAACCUAAUUUUAAUCUUGGAUAUAAUUAUGUAUGGUGCUAUAUAAUAACAUAAUAAUGUAAGUUUUGUUGUACGAAAGAAUGUCAGAUUAUAAUAAUGUGUUCUAUUUUUAUAUAAACUGACAAUGAAACAAUUAAUAACAUUUUUAUAAUAAUUUUAUGUAAGAAUUAUGCGAUGCUCAAAUAUGCAUUUGAUAUCUGUUCCUAAUUUUAUACAAGAUUCUGUUUCUUGUAAAUCAUCAUCGAACUAUUGUUAUUUUGCUUUGAAAAAGUUUAUUGGGUAAGGGCUCAAUCAUACUGAUACUUAGUUUUGCCACCGAAAUCACAUUUUGACUUCCGUGUAAAAACUUGUUCUUUAUUACCUACCACUUUUUUGUCAUUAGUACGAUUGUGCUUUAGAUAGAAAUACACUCUCUCAAAUAGUAAACAGUUUUAACACUUAUGUAAUGAUGAUUGAUUAUCAUAAUAUUUCUAUAAAGACAUUGUGUUAUUAUAAUUUUUUUAAUUGCAGAAAUUAUCAAAAUUCUAUGCUAGUAUUUUUUUAUAUACAUGAGAAAUGCAAUAAUUUUAGUAGAAUUCUAUAUUUUAGGCUCUAAUUGGAUGAUAACCUUAUUUUAUGAUAAAUCUUUACAUUUCCAAAUAAAUCAUUUUUUUUUAUAA